AUGGCAUCCACAUUUUCCAAAGAGUUACCAGCAUCAGAUUCCGAGCACCAGAAUGAGGAUCAUCAGUCAAAAGACGGUACUUUGGUGACAACGCUCGCCGAGCCAGAGCAGCAACGAGAGUCGCAAUCGUUGUUUGCUGCGCUGUUCCUCCGAAAACGAAAGGUCGAUCCAGAUUCUAUUGCAACAGUUCGAAGCGUCUUUGACGAUCCACUGCUGUGCCAGUUCUAUCAACCUCGCCCGGACUACGAAAAUCUGCACAGAUUUGAUCCGAAGGAAAGAUGGACUCACCGAGAGGAAACUUCGGUGCGCCGCAAGACAGAUUGGACGAUUUUUUUGUGGAUUCUUGUUAUGUUUUUUGGACUCAAUCUUGAUCGCGGAAAUCUUGGAAACGCUGCGGCUGAUAAUUUGCUCGACGAUCUGAAAAUCACGACCAACGACUACAACAACGCACAAAACAUGUACCGUAUCGGUUUCCUCAUUGCCGAAAUUCCGUCUCAGAUGCUUGGAAAGAGAUUGGGUCCGGACCGGUGGAUUCCUUUCCAGAUCAUUUUGUGGAGCUUGGCAUCCGGAGGUCAGUUCUUCAUGCAAGGUCGCGCUGGUUUCUUCGCAUGCCGCUUCUUCAUUGGCCUCUUCAUGGGUGGCUUCAUCCCAGAUGCAGUUCUGUAUCUUUCAUACUUUUACACCAAGUCCGAAAUGCCAUUUCGUCUCGCGAUGUUUUGGUUCGUUGAUUCCAUGUCAGGUGUUAUUGCUUCUUUUAUUGCCUACGGCGUUUUGCACAUGCGCGGCGUGGAUGGCCGCGAAGGUUGGCGAUGGCUGUUUCUUAUUGAAGCACUUAUCAGCAUCGUCAUCGGAUUUCUUAGUUUCUUAUUUCUUGUCCCGGGUCCUACGCAGACAAAGACAUGGUGGAACCCGAAAGGGUACUUUACUGAGAAAGAAGAGAAGAUUAUUGUGAAUCGAGUAUUGCGAGAUGAUCCUUCCAAGGGCGACAUGCACAACCGCCAGGCUCUGUCUCUGAAAAUGUUAUGGCAAAGCUUGAUGGACUACGACCUGUGGCCGAUUUAUAUCAUUGGAAUUCUUUUCGAGAUACCGACUGCGCCGCCAAAAACAUAUCUGACGCUCUCGCUCAAAGCAAUUGGAUUUGGUACUUUCCAAACAACGUUGUUGACAAUUCCGGUCACUGUUUUCGCGUCCAUUAAUUUGCUUCUUGUGACCGAGCUGACCGAGCGCUUGCACGAAAUCUCCAUCAUCGGCCUUCUCACUCAGAUCUGGAUUCUCCCACUUCUCAUUGUGCUUUACACAUCAGCCGGAUCACUAUCAAGCUGGGGUUUAUAUGCAGUGACAUUCAUCUUGUUGGGCUGGCCGUCUCCACAUGCAGCCCACGUUGGAUGGUGCUCACGUCUCAGUAAUACUGUGCGAACUCGAAGUAUUAGUGCAGCGCUUUACAACGUGACCAUCCAACUGUCUGGAAUCGCAUCCUCAAAUAUCUAUCGCAGCGAUGAUAAGCCUCUUUACCGUCGUGGAAACUCGCAACUAAUUGCUAUCAACGUCGCUACUAUGGUUGCCUAUGCCUUCGCAAAGGUAUACUACGUGCGCAGAAAUAAAUGGAAGAUGGCCCAAUGGGAGAAAAUGACACCGGAGGAGAAGGCAAAUUAUCUGAGCACUACCACCGAUCAAGGAAACAAGCGACUGGACUUCCAGUUUGAUAAUUGA